UCACGACGACGGCGUUGGCGUCUGCUCAAUAAUUAAAUGGAAAUUCUAUUAUCUUGCACGAAAGACCGAACACGAGUGUCAUUAUCACAAAGACACUGAGAAACAGAAAUGUUACGAAUUCAUAAACGAUAGGUAUUUUACUUGGUUAUCUACUUAUAUCUAGAUAGAUUAUUUUUAAUUAUUACGAUUGAUAAAAUAAAAGACAACAGAUCGAGUCCAUUAAGGGAUAUAAGCCUUGCUCCCUCAACAAUAUUUAUAUAAUUCAAUGUAAGUAGUAUGAUUUUAAAGUUUUAACUAAAAGAUUUUUAAAUUAAUUCCCAACAAUAAUAGAUUUUUUUCAGCAUCCAGUAGCGAUAAUAUAACAAAAAACACGAUGUCUAAUAAUAAAUAAUAUUAGUAAGAUUUACGACCAGAUGAAAUUUGACACAUCAUGUUACUAAAAUAAUAAAAUAAUCUAUUUACUAAGGUAAAUCAAAACUUUUUUUACCUAAACAUUUUUAAGAAGAGUGGUAGAGGGUAUAUUAAAGAGUAAAAUGAAAAUGAAAAUCUUCAUAGGGAUUAUACCAGAUUUACUAGUUGGAAAUGUUAUGGUCAAAUUCUUGUUGUGCCUUGUACCUACUUAUGAUGUAUUAAUAAUUACUCAUAUAUACGUUACCUACCUAAUAUAAUUACAUAUUUUUAUUUUUAUUUUUACAAUUAAUGUUUGGAAUGUUUUUAUUAUUCAUAGAAUAAUAAAUAUAAUUGUGAUAGAAUCCUUUUUAUACUAUUAGGAUUUUAAAAAACUUUUUCUUCUAUAAAAAUCUCAUUUUCGUUAGUUUAACGAUGCAACGAAAACGACUCAAUUCAUAAUUUGAUCAUCGUGGGAAACAAUUAAACGAAGUAAAUUAAUUUUUAAUGAUGAAUUAAAAUCAUUCUUAUAUAGUUAUGACUAAUGCACGUUUAUGUAUUACGACAUACUUCAUACGCCUUUAUAUGAUUUCUUUUUUCAAACAAUAUUAAAAAUUAAUAAUUUUUAUUUUUUACCAAUAUUUAUUGGUACAACUCGGUUAGUGUUUGAUUCCAUUGUGUCGAAUGUAAAAUGUCUUAAUAUUCUAUUCUAUUUGCUUUAUCAUCUUUAAAUCUUCAAUAUUAAAACAUCUAUAACAUCUGUAAUACAUUUAUUGUUAUUCGUUGUCAUAAAAAAACCACAAUGCCAAAGUACAAACUUACAAUAUAUCUUGAUGAAUUACUUCUAGUACUUACGUCCUAGUUAUUGCGUACCUACCCUUUUAUUUUACUAAAAUACAAUAUUGUAGCAUAAUACGUUAGUUAUCAGUUGUAUCAUUGAAAUCGGUGUAUAAUUGAUAUUAUUGUUAUUAAUUUAUUCCUUAUUUAUAUAAUUUUUAUAUUAAUUAUCUAUGUGGGUAGAAAUAUUGCCGAAAGUAUCAUAAUACGUGAUAGGUAUUAGGUAUAAGUACUAUAAUAAAACUAUAUGCGUUUAGACAAAGAUAUCUAAAAUAAUCAUAGAGAUUAGAGACAUAGGUGUAAAAUUAAUAUUACAUUUUAUACACUAUAUAAAUUUACAUUAUACAAUAUAAUAAAUAUAUUGUACACGCAUUGUUUGUAACAAUAAAAAUAAUAUAACGCGCGUAUGAAUAAAGCUUUGCCGUUUUUGACCUGAACCCGAACCUGCGGCCUGUACUGAGUGUCAAGACACGAGUGAGUGGUGUGCAUUGUGCACGUGUCCGUCCAGCGUGCGUCUUAUUCUACGCUGUGGAUACAUGUAGGUGCUUAAAAAAAUGCAUGUUCCGUCAAUCAUUUCGUAAUAAUAUUAUAGGAGUGUUACCACAAGAUGCGAAGCGCCUUAGUCCGCCACCACAACCAUCUCCUCCUCCACCGACGAUGCACCAGUUGUUAUCCGAUGCAGUCUCCGCGGUCCACGAGGUGUCCAUUCACGCACUUGGCGGGUCGGCUGCCCAACCAUGACCGCUGUUGAAUUCUGGACUCUGUCGAUCGGUUUCCAUAAACGUAUAAAUAUUAUUGUUAGUCGUGUUUAAAUAUAUUAUCAGUUUAGUUUGUUUUCGGUUUUAACGUUAUAAUAAUUUUUAUUUGUUCGUUUAUUAGUAUUUUUUACAACAAUAAUCAUAAUCAACAUAUUUAUUGAAGUUUAUCACACGCGUAUUUAUCUGUUAAUUAAGCUGCAAGUGUUGGUAAACAAUAAACAUAUUGUGGCAAAUAAAAGAUUUAGAAAUUUAUAGGUUACCUAUAUAUAGUCCGUGUGCACGUUACGAGAUGAUUGUGAAUGUGUCAAAACUUCAGCAAAUCAUGAGUUUUGUGGUACUGGCCGCAGUGAUAGUGGCUGGCGUGCAGUGUUCCAAUCACGAGGCCGAAAAACGGGUCAUGCACAACAACAAUGACAGCACUAUGCGGAUAAAAGCGCAGUCCCGGAUAUCCAUGCCAAAAGGUGGUGGAUACGGUGCUCGGGUUCACAUCCGCGAAGAUCAUCACGGAAGGAAGCACGCGCACGCAAUGGCCAUUUGUGAUUGCAAUGGGCAGGGUCCAUGGAGGCCGUUGUUCAAGCCAUCGCAAAUUCUCAAGACCGAAUUCCCUGAACACGAAUCGUUUCACGAAGAGGUAGACACCAAUUAUCGGAACAUGGUAGGUGACCAUGUGGACAAUCACUUGCGGUCGUCGCAGACACCGUCGGUCGAACACGUACCCGCUGAACUAGACAACGGCGGGUUUAGUGGCAACGGGAUUAGCUACAGUGGUGGUGGUGGUGGUUAUAGCGGUGCUGCCAGUGGUGGAAAUGGUGGCAGUGCUGGUGGCGUUGGUGCAGGAAUCGGCAAGAAGCAUAACCACAUGAUCCAUCUGCACCUGAUUCCGCAUAUUUACGUACCGAUCAUGCACUCGGCUGGUUUCUCCGAGAUCAAAAACUAUCAUGCCACCGUCGAGGACGGGUCGUCACUAGCGUCGCCUGUCCAGAACUCGGUGGAUACGUCAUCCGAGUUUCAGGGCGGAGACGUGGCUGCCACCGGCGGGUCUGGACAGUCUGGCACCUUGAGUUCUGGUGGUACCGGCGAAAGUCCCGGGUCCGUCACUACGGGUGCGACCGGUGACCACGAUCACGGUAACUUUAACGGGCACUCGGGCGAGACGUCAUACUAUACGAUAUCCGAUGACACAGUUCAACACUUGCACCAGGAUUUGCACGACCAUUAUGGAAACGGGAUCGACAACAGCCACAAUCACAACUACGAAGUCCCGUCUAAUUCGGUACUCGAAGAACCACAUCAGUACCAGGUGCACGAGACCGACGACCUUUCCAAGGACUACAGCAGCAAGAACCACGUGACCAGCGUGUCGUCGACGGCCGCCAGCAAGCCGACGGCGCACCACGGCCACUAUCAGUCGCAGCAGCCGCACAAGCACAGGAACCCCGCGGCCAGACCGAACCGGGGCAAGCACGGGCGCAAGUUGUCCAGCCGACAGGACCUGAAAAACCUGCUGGUGAUGCGACCGCCGCCCGUCGGACAGACGCAGACGUGGAGGUACGAGUACCGGACGCCGAUGGCCGGCCAUCAUCAGCCGUUCUACCAGGGCAAGCAGCCGAUUCCGGUGAUCAAGACCAGGACGGUGCCGCUCAUCCUGCACAUCCGGCAAAGGUCGGACGACGAUUGAUGUCCGGUCUAGUGCGAACGAGGGCCGCUCUCGCCGCAGUUAUCGCUUAUAGUUUUCGUCGUCGAUUCGGUGCACGUCGGUACUUUACACCGAUUUGUAAUUUAAAACACAAGAGGAUAAUAAAGAAAAAAGAUCCGAUUUUUAACGAUCGGCUCGGUAUCGACGGCGCAUUUUUGUAAAUUAUAAUAUAAUAUUUUAUUAUUUUCCCGAGACUUCCUUCGUAUUUGCGUAU